AUGGAUCUCAAAGCAAUCUGUGUACUCUCCGUCAUCCUCAUCGUAGCCCUCAGCACCUUGGCAGAGGGAAAAGCACCACCAACAAGAUGCCAAUGUAAAACAGUCCCCAAGGAACGAAAGAACUGCGGAUACCCAGGAAUCUCAGCAGUGGAGUGCAAGAAAGCUGGGUGCUGCUUCAACGCUUCAGUCCCUGGCGUUCCCUGGUGCUUUGCUCCUAAACCAAAGAAAGUUAAGAAAGUAUGUCCCAACGACCCUUACACCAGGAUAAACUGCGGCUUCCCGGGCAUCACUGCUAAGGAGUGCGAGAAGAGGGGAUGCUGCUUCAGGGCACGUCCCGCUGGGGUCCCCUGGUGCUUCUACCGGCGUGUGGUGGAGGAAGCUUGUUAAAGGAAAAGCUUCCAACAAGAACCUUGUGAUCUUUGGACCUACUCCAAUGGGAAACAACAGCAGAGGUC